AUAAAAGAUUUUGCAAACAUUGAAAAACACCUCAUUACAUAGCCAAGAAAAGCUGUGUAUUGUUCUCCCAAAGCAAAGCAACAGUGAAGCCGGAGAAUGAACGAACAACAGCGAUCGAUACUCAUCCAGUCUGCGUCUCGCUUCCCCCCGCCUCCAGGGGUGAAGUUUUCAUAUGGAACGGCGGGGUUCAGAGCCGACGCAUCAUUGCUGGAAUCCACGGUGUUCCGGGUGGGUAUACUGGCUGCGCUGAGGUCGAUCCAAACUGGGUCGGUGAUUGGGCUCAUGAUCACCGCCUCCCACAAUAAGGUAUCUGAUAAUGGGGUCAAAGUGGCGGACCCAUCUGGUGGAAUGCUCACUCAGAGCUGGGAACCCUUUGCUGACGCUCUUGCUAAUGCCCCAGAUUCCCAUUCCCUUCUCCAGUUGCUAGAUGAUUUCGUGAAGAAGGAAAAGAUUACACUUGAAGGAGCCCCUGCAGCGGAAGUUUUGUUGGGAAGAGACACUAGGCCCAGUGGGAUGUCCCUUCUGGAUGCCGCUAAACAAGGAAUAACUGCAAUUAUGGGAGCCUCUGCCAGAGUUAUGGGAGUUGUGACAACUCCUCAACUGCACUGGAUGGUUCGUGCAAAAAAUAAGGGCGUGGAAGCCUCUGAAAACAAUUAUUUUGACCAACUUUUGGCAUCUUUUAGGUACUUACUGGAUUAUAUUCCCCAAAGAAAUAGCAGGAACAAUGUGACUGAUAAACUUAUAGUGGAUGGGUCGGAUGGUGUGGGUGGAGAGAAGCUUGAAAAGUUGAAGACAAGGUUGGGUUAUUUAACAAUUGAUGUUCGUAACUAUGGUGAUGGUGUACUUAAUGAAGGUGUAGGUGCUGAUUAUGUGCAGAAAGAGAAGGUUGUUCCGCGAAGUUUUGGUCCUGCUGAUGCUGGUAUAAGGUGUGCCAGUUUGGAUGGAGAUGCUGAUCGGCUUGUGUAUUUCUCUGUUUUAUCAAAUAGUAACAAGAUCGACCUUGUUGAUGGGGACAAGAUAUUGUCUUUGUUUGCUUUAUUUCUCAAGGAGCAAUUAGGUAUUCUUAAUGGGCCUGAAGAUGCAAAAGCAAAUAAAUCUUAUCAAGCCUCUCUUGGUGUGGUACAGACAGCUUAUGCUAAUGGAGCAUCUACUGAUUACCUGAAGCAGUUGGGCCUGGAAGUUGUUUUGACUCCAACAGGAGUCAAAUACCUGCAUGAGAAAGCAGCUGAGUAUGAUAUUGGCAUCUAUUUUGAGGCAAAUGGACAUGGAACUAUCUUAUUUUCAGAUGCAUUUUUAUCCUGGUUGGAGACUAGAAACAAUGAACUUGCAUCAACAUCAAAAGGUUCUGAUCAACAUAAGGCUGCUUUAAGAUUAUUGGCUGUCAGUAAAUUAAUUAAUCAGGCUGUUGGAGAUGCAUUAAGUGGGUUGCUCUUAGUGGAGGCUAUCUUGCAACAUAUGGGAUGGUCUAUCCAUAAAUGGAAUGAACUUUACCAAGAUUUACCUAGCAGACAACUUAAGGUAAAGGUUGUUGACAGGACUGCUAUUAUUACUAUAAAUGCAGAGACUACAGUUGUUAGACCUGUUGGUAUUCAAGAAGCCAUUGACACCGAAACAGCUAAAUAUCCCCAAGGAAGAUGCUUUAUUCGCCCUUCAGGAACAGAGGACGUUGUAAGAGUGUAUGCUGAAGCAUCAACCCAAGAAGCAGCAGACAAUCUAGCUCGUUCUGUAAUGAGGCUUGUAGAUCAAUACCUUGGUUUCAGCAGUAGCUAAUAAGUCCUUACAAAGUU